CGUGUGCUGGUGAACAUCGUGACAGAGAGUGCGGAUAAACGCGAAUAAAAAUCAACCAAGAUCCGUUGAUCGUGAUCGAUACUGAUUUGAGUGAUGAAUCCUCAACAUGUUAGUGUUUCAAUUAUCAGUGAUAUCUGAAUGAUGAGUGUGAUGUUAUUGCUGGUGGAGACUGGCUCGGAUAGCCACGACUGCUAAUAAUAGCUGAGUUGCAGAAGGGAAAAAAAAAUAAAGAGAAAGAGCCGAGGGGAAUUGAUAUAAAUACCAAAUUCCACUGAGAAGAAAUACCGGUAGAAUAUUUUUUUAUUAAUCCCAACGACGAGUGAAACAAAAAGUGUUUGGAAAGGGGGGGGGUGGUGGGAGGGGGGUCCCCCUCUGGAUUUUAUAAUCCGAUGAGAGGAACGCGUAAUGGAAGACAAUUAAGAAGUGAAAAGGAUAAGUUGAAUGCUGGGUUAACCGAGAAAAAAAGGAUUAGUGGAUAAUUGAACAAGUGAGGGGAUAUAAAGUAAUUCGAGAGUUAUCCCCGGUUCAAACGUAAAAAUCCACUUUCAAAGCCAGUGAGGAAUAGGCUAAAAAUAAUUAUCAGCAAACGAGACGAGUCUUGGCGAGUCAGCAUUUACCGAUAUUUUUCAAGUGUUGAUCGUUUUUUUUUUCUUUCAAAAAUCAUCUGCUCUACUAUAAUGUCAACGUUAGGAUUAAUCUGUGACAAUUACUGACACGUGAAGAAGUUUAUCCCAGUGUUGAUGUGAAAAUUCGGAUUAUUUAAUCAAAAAAUCGUUUGAAUUUCAAAUUGAAUUGCAACGAUGACUUGCUGAGAGCUAAUUCAUCCGCCACCAUUGGAUUGAUAAAAUUGUACAUCCAGAAUAAUAGAAUAAUAGCGAUUGAUAAUUCGUGAUAGUCAAAAAAGGUGUGAGUGAUAAACGUGUUGUUAACAGUGGAGGGUGGAGGUAACGGUGUACCAGGGGUCCCAGUAGGCCCCGAUGAGGUGAUGAUGGGCUAUAGUGCCACCGGAGCCAGUGGUGCUAUGGGUCCAUCAACGGGUGCUGAUGUGCUUGGCUCAACAGGAGAUUACAGCCCCCAAGGUACACCAAAUUCCCUAGGUGGUCACAAUGCGGGUCCAGUUGAUGCUACCGGCCCAUACACAACAAGUACAACUGGUCCCACAACCUACAGCCCCCAAGACAGCCCCGCAAGUUCAGCUGGUGGUGGCAAUACCAAUGGACAAUUACCGAGCUUUGGAUUCACCCAGGAGCAAGUGGCAUGCGUCUGCGAGGCGAUGGUGUCGUCUGUCCAGGUACUCCAGCAGGCUGGUUCUGUUGAGCGUCUCGGUAGAUUUCUGUGGUCAUUACCCCAGUGUGCUCGACUCCAACGUCACGAGAGUGUCCUAAAGGCUAAAGCAAUCGUUGCAUUCCACCGUUGCAACUUCAAACAACUCUACCAGAUCCUAGAGAGCAAUACAUUCAGUCCACACAAUCACCCUAAACUCCAGGCACUCUGGCUCAAGGCCCACUACAUCGAGGCAGAGAGACUACGUGGUAGAGCACUAGGUGCCGUCGGUAAAUACCGAGUGAGACGUAAAUUUCCACUGCCCCGAACAAUUUGGGACGGUGAGGAGACAUCCUACUGCUUCAAAGAGAAAUCAAGGAGUGUCCUGAGAGAGUGGUACACAUCAAAUCCUUAUCCGUCGCCCAGAGAGAAACGAGAGCUUGCCGAGAGCACAGGCCUCACAACAACCCAAGUCAGCAAUUGGUUCAAGAACAGAAGACAGCGUGAUAGAGCUGCUGAGCAGAGUGGACAGCGAGAGGGAAAAGAGCAAGGAACGAAUCUCUGUGACUCAAGUAGCGAGAGUGGAGAUGAUACUAAAAGACAAUCUGUCAAUCAACAGCCACCACCUCAGACCUCAUCCUGCGCUGUACAACAGCAGCAAUCCCAAUCCCAACAGCGUAUGGUAGAUCAUCAACAAUCAUCGAGUAUGUAUCAACUACCAGCACCAGUAACAGUAUCAUCCCCCCACUCCUAUCACCAGAGUCAUGGCCACACACCGACUCAUCACAUGCACCACGACACAAGCAGCGAGAGUGGCGACGACAAGAGAAAUCUCCAUCAUCAGCUCCAGCAUCAUCUCCAGGGACACAGUGGUCACAGUCUGAUUCAUCCAACUGCUACACUACCUCCCCCACCACCUAGCUGUGCCCAGCAGAAGAGCCAGCUGGAUUACAUGCAGUACUACACACCACAGGAUUACCUCAUUGGCACCCCAACAUCAGCGGACAUUCAGAAAUCCCUACCCCAUACAGCGACAUCAAUGCAAAUGGGCGCAAUAGCACCAACAAUGGGCGGUCUGAGUCCAAUGGGACCAUCAACAAUGAUACCAAACACGAUGCAGAGUGUCAACAGUAUGAACACAAUGUCAAUGAACGUUGGUAUGGGUAUGGGAGCAUAUCAGGGUAUGGGCACGAUGGGUAUGACAACACCCCACGCUGGUUACCACAGUGGCCUAGUACUCGGUGAUUAUCACUCGUUGUGACCCUGGCCUCCGAGUACACCAGGUAAACGUAAUCAGGAAAAGACUUAGUUGGCUUUGCGUAUCAUUUUUCAGUAAGUAAAAAAAAAAAAAAA